AUGUCGUUGGGGGCAGAAUCUCCCGAUGUACAAUCCUGCUCUUCUGGGGCUUCUCAAAGUGUUCCAACAUCCAUUACUAAUGAGAGUCAGCCUGCACCUUUUCAAAUGACUAUGCCACCACCUUUUUUUAAUCCGUUUAUCUCCCCAUUCCUUCCUCAACAAACGGAUGGGCAAGUUGCCCAAGGUGCUAUUCCUGGAAUGGUAUUUUCUCCUGCCCAGUAUCAAGAAAUGAUGCAGCAAUAUUUUCAACAAAUGAUGGCUGCAUCUUCGCAGUUUGGUCAGACCAUGGCUUUUCCUAUGCCAUUCAUGGCACCUCAACAGAACCGUCCUUCUAGUCAGGCUUCGCAGGCGGAUAGUGUCAAUGAAGUUGUCAACUCAAUGAGAAAUGUACAUAUACCCGAAAAUGGUCAUUAUGAGAUUCCCACUGCCACAGUGGCACCAAUCGUUCCGGAGCCUAAUCAUGAUGUCAAUGACACUGAUUAUCCAAAGAAUGUUGACCAACUUUCUCAGAGUUUUCAAGAUGUUGAUCAUGAAAAAGAAUCUUCAUCUCAUUCAGAGUCAGAUAACGAGAAAACAAAGGAAAAAAUAUCUGAAUCCAUUGAGAAGGAUGACAGUUCUAACGAAAUGAAUAAUUUUUCAUCAGACAACUUUGGCGAAGACAGAAAAAGUGCUUCAGAAGAUGAAAGAACUGCCAAUCUCAUUAAAAAACAAAUGAGUGAAAUUGAAAAAGAAGUAGCUAGAAGAUCACAAAACAAAAAUAUAAAAAAAAUUGAUGACCGCGAAAUGGCGGAACUGAUUGGCUCAUCCGUAGUAACAAUCCCUGCUAUUUCUUCUGCCAUUCCGACACUUGACGAACCUUCCAACUUUACUACUAACUUUCCUCACGCAAUUAAUGCGGAUCAGAGUGCUUUGUCUUACACAGCUCCUGUCGCCCAGAAAGUUUCGCCGCCGAAGGAAACUUUAAACCAACUUCGUUCCUCUUUCAACUUACCUGAAUCAGAUUCUGGUUCCGUCAUCAACUCACAAACAAUUUCAACGCAACCCUCGUCAAUGUCUUCCCAAACCCCACAAGCCUACCCCGGGAUGCCUCAAAUGAACUUGCCAACCGUUUUGCCACCAUACGGCCACCCUGGGUUCCCAUCUCAACAGUUCGUCAAUCCAUUCGUUACUUCCCCAUCAAAUCCUUUUGCCUCCCAAUGUGCAGGCGAUACAGCUUCUUUCACACCAGAGCAACUUAUUUCCGCUUUUACACAAGAACCUAUCCCACAUAUACCCAACGCUCAGAUUGCUCAAUCAAAUGAAGUUACCGAAAGAACUGAUAAGGAAUGUGCGCAGAACCCUAAUAUGUUUGCUUCUGGUCUCGCACCACCACCAGCUCCUUCGCAUCCUGUCCAUAGAAAAACAAGCAUGCCUUCCACAUCAUCUACAGCAUCCUGGCCAGAAGAUAAUAAGGAAAACGGUGAAGAUGCCAUUUGGGUUUUGCGAGAUUCAUAUCAGAAAAGAAUACAAAGAGAGGAGCAGGCUGCAGCCGACGAUACUUGGGGAGAAGAAGUUUCCUCUAAUCUUCAGGAAAACAAUGACGGGGAAGAAGAACAAGAGACAGAUAGGCUUAUAAACUCCGGUGAUGUCUCUCAUCCUGAAAUCCGGAAGAAAGUUAGCAAAGAAACGAUGGUUCAUGAACCUGCUGUUCUCAUCGAAGGCGUAUUGUUCCGUGCAAGAUACUUAGGAUCAACACAGAUGGUUUGUGAGAGUAGGGGAAGUAAAGUAGCCAGAAUGGCACAAGCUCAAGAAGCAGUAGCAAGAGUGAAGGCCCCAGAUGGCGAACUUCAACCUAGUACCGAAAUUGAUCUUUUCAUUUCUACUGAGAAAAUCAUGGUUUUAAACACAGAUCUUCAGCGCAUCUCUGACACGGACGUUCGACAGGACAUUUUAAUGGAUCAUGCUCUGCGAACUAUCUCAUACAUUGCUGAUAUCGGUGACCUUGUUGUUUUAAUGGCUCGUCGUAUGUCUCCAAGUGACAGUGAUGAGCAGUGUUGCCAAAUUGAAGGAGUUAAAAAGUCUCCAAAGGUCAUCUGCCACGUUUUUGAAUCUGACGAGGCUUCUUUCAUUGCUCAAUCAAUUGGCCAAGCUUUCCAAGUGGCAUAUGUAGAGUUUCUCCGUGCCAAUGGAAUCGAUGACCCUUCAUAUUUAAGACAUAUUGACUACCAAGAAGUUCUAAACUCUCAAGAAUUGUUGGGUGAUGAGCUGGAAAUGUUCGCUAGAAAGGAGACUCAGAAAGAUGUAGUUGUCCCUAAAAAAUCUGGUGAACCUCUAGGAGUUGUUGUGGUGGAAAGUGGUUGGGGUUCUAUGCUCCCUACUGUUGUCUUAGCUCAUAUGAAUCCAUCUGGCCCUGCUGCCCGUUCUAAUCAACUGAACAUUGGUGAUCAAAUUAUCAAUAUUAAUGGAAUUUCUCUUGUUGGACUCCCUUUGUCCGCAGCUCAGGAGAAUAUAAAGAAAGCAAAAUCUGCAACUGCUGUUCGACUAACUGUUGUAUCAACACCUCCUGUAGUAGAAGUGAGAAUUCGUAGACCCGAUACAAAAUAUCAAUUAGGGUUUUCUGUACAAAAUGGCGUUAUUUGUUCGUUGCUACGAGGCGGAAUAGCAGAGCGUGGUGGAAUCCGUGUAGGUCACAGAAUAAUUGAAAUAAACGGGCACUCAGUGGUUGCCGUAGCUCAUGACAGGAUUGUCAAUAUGCUGGCAACAGCAGUAGGGGAAAUUCAUAUGAAAACAAUGCCCACUUCAAUGUUCCGGUUACUGACAGGCCAGGAACAACCUCAGUAUAUUUAA